GGCGUCGCUGCCGUGGACGACUGUGUCUGCCGUGACGGCGAUUCUUGGCGGUCUUAACGGAGAAAUAGCAAGUAGCGCUGACGAACUCAGCAUGUCCCGUUGAAGAGCUUCUUGCUUUAGGGGUCGGUGGCUAAAAAGGGGGGGCAGCCCCUUUAUUUUGCUUGUAGGGAGCUUGAGUUUCUUGUCCGUACUCCGAUUCUGACAAGCUCAUCUCGAAAACCUCAGGUCCACAAUGGUGUUUGUACCCUCGAUAGCGGCCACUCUGGCCGUGGCCUUGUCGUUAACCCCCACGGCGGUCUUUGGGCACCCGGGAGAGAAGUACGGGAAGCGGGAGGCCUUAGAGGAGAUGGGUAAUGCCCACGUUGUUAACAGGAUGAACACGAGGGCUCUUGAGGCGUGUCAGAACUCGCCCGCGGUGAAAGCUCGUAAGGAGCGUGCCAUCGCUCGACGAGCUGAGAAAUUCGCACAGCUCCGUCGCGAUAAGGGUAUCGAGAAAGCUCCGUGGCUCCACCGCCGAGACGCCACGGCAUUUGAGAAAUGGGCCGCAUUAUCGCACAACAAGACCGGAACGUUGGACUUCACCAAGGACACUCCUAAUAAAGACAUCUUCGGCGCCAACACCAGCUGCGUGUUGACCCCGGACAAUGCCAACGGGCCGUACUUCGUGUACCAGGAGCACAUCCGCACGGACUUAGUCGAGGACACGGUCGGCGUGCCCAUGCACCUCGAGCUGCAAUUCAUCGACGUGCAGACCUGCGAGCCAGUCAUCGGCGUGCUGAUCGACACGUGGUCGUGCAACGCGACGGGCGCAUACAGCGGCGUCAGCGCGAGAGGCGAGGGCGGCCUAGGGACUACGUACCUGCGAGGCGUGCAGCCCGUCGACGAGGACGGCGUCGUCAACUUCGAUACCAUCUUCCCGGGCCACUAUCAGGGACGCGCCACGCACCAGCACUUAAUCGCGCACGUCGGCUCCGAGGUCCUGCCCAACGGGACAUAUACCGGCGGCCGCGUGGCGCACCUAUCGCAGCUGUUCUUCGACCAGACGCUACGCGACACCAUCGAGGCGACCGCGCCGUACAAUACCAACCCCAUCCCGCACACGAGCAACCUUAAGGACUGGUUUACCGGGUACGCCGCGACGUCCGAGUACGACCCGUUCCCGAACUACAUCUCGCUGAGCAACAGGCUGGAAGACGGGCUGUUCGUCUGGGCCGAGCUCGGGCUGAACACGUCGUCGAAUUGGGACCAUUACGCCCCGUACGCGUCUACAUGGAAGGAGGGCGGCGGGUAUGAUAACCCUGACUUCGACUUCUGGGCUGUGGCUAGCCCGCCGCCGACGCACGGUUAAGAUGGAGCUAUGUAGAUGAGAGAGAGGGUGGAUAUCUCCGGGUUGGGGUUUUGCCUACUGUAUAAUACCAACAACAGACAGGAGAUAUCAUAGACACGAAGGAGG